AAAAUAGCCCCCACUAUUGACGAAGAAGAAGCGCGAGUAAGUGUGAGAGGGAGAAACAAAUUAUUAAAAAAUAAAUAAAGAGGGAGAAGCAAUUUAUAGCCUUCAAAUUCAAAUUUGAAUAGAACCUCAGAAUCAGAGAAGUAAAGUAGGAAGGAAAAUGAAGAAGAAAGGCCGUGGCCGUGGUCCUACUCCUACUCCUACUGCCACGCGACCCCGAACUCGCACUCGCAAACAUUCCCCCAUGGAGUUUCUCGAAACGCCAUUGACGACGGCUUCCACUCCCAACCAAUCUCCCCACUCACCCGUUUUCAGGACCACCACUAAGAAGCGCCAGAAAUCCAUGGCCGCUGCUUCUCCUAUAUCCCCUCCCUUUACUUCGCCCUUUCAUCCUCCCAAGACCUUGUCCUCCAUCUUCGAUCUCAAGGAUAUGGUGGCCUCGCGCCUCGACGAUUUCAAAAAAUGCAUCGAACGAUCGCACUCUGAUAUCUUCAACGACCUUGAUGCUUUCUAUUAUCGCCUACAUAAGCGCUUCAAGAUUCAGAAUCAAGAAUGUCAGCAAGUCUCAGAUGAAGCAGAGAAAGAAUAUAAGAAGAUGUCUGAACGAAUUGAUGAAAGUCAGGAAGCAAUGAUGACUUCAUAUUCUGAGUUCACGUCUGAUGCACAGGCCAGCACAUCUUACGCAUCCAAAUCCAUCACCAAGCUAUCUCAAUCUGUUGAGAAGGCCAUUGAUGCUCUCCGAAGCCGUUAUGUGAUCUCAGCAGCUUAGCCUUAACUGUUCAUGCCAUUUCUGUAGGGACGUAUUGUUGAAAGACAAAAUAGUGGUCCGGAUUCAGGCAGGUGUUUUACCAUAGCUAAUAAGGUGGUUAGAGUUAGGACUCUAAAUCAGGGUGGAAGUUAGGCUACUUUUCGCCAUAGCAAGAUUCAAGGCGGAUGGGGUACAUCAACAAAAGUUGAUUUAGAUGAUAAACGUUACCUCCAAUCUUAGGAUUAGAUAACUUUACAAAAUCUGUUCAACACUUUCCUCUUUUCAAAUAUAUAGAUAUAAAUAUUUGGUUUUUUUUUUUUUAAUAUUGAAAAAUAUGAGCAUGAUGGAAAUUUUAAACAA